UAGGAUGUCGUUAGCGAACAAUGCUAAGUGACAACAAUGUACCUCACUGAAAACUGAACUUGACAUGCGUUCAUUAUUCUCUCUUGUGGUUCGAAAUCUUCUCUACUUGGUGCAAUGCAACCAAACUACUGCCCUUGAACGACAGCUCUUCGACAUUACCGUUCUUCUUCGAGUGGGCUUUACCUUUACCUCCCUGGGAUUGAUAUCCAUAGCCAUUCCGAGUUGCUGAAGUGAUGAACAUGCGCGGGCUUUCUCUUGAUCCAGCCGUCAUCCGUACAUCUGGGUCCGCAUUUUCCCAGGCAGGAACUUCCUGCCAGGAAGGAGCCACUGCCCCAGCCUCACGAUCUCGACCAGUAUCCCCGUGUCCUUGAUUGGACUGUACAGUCUCCACUUCGGAAUCCGCUGUCAAACACGCAAGCACGGCCGCUCUUCAUUGUCACAAGCUCCUUCCUCCCCCAGGAAGUUCUCAUCAUGCGGACACGUUUCUUGGCUCUGGUGGUGGCCAUCGCCUUCGUGGCAAGCUUCCUCGAGUUCGCAGUCGCCGAGAAGGCCGUCGACGUGGAAGACACGACCAAGCUCCUGCGGGAGGGCGUCCUCAAGCCCAUCGAGAAGGAACGAGCCACGCCUCUGAGCGAAGAAGAGGAGCGAGGAGCCAAGGAAGCGGUCACCAAAGUCACGUCUCUCCUGGGCCUGAACAAGGGCCCGACCAGGCUCACGCAGGACAAGCUCGACAAGCUCCAGACGUAUGCGCACAGCAACCCCAGCAAGUGGUAUGCGAUGGUGUACUACGUGUCCAACGUGUUGGGCCUCGCACUAACAGCGUUCGCAUUCUACGGCUUUAUCUUCCUCGGCUGGAAGCCGGCAACAAUGGGCAGCCCACGAGCCAACUGAUUCGCUUGUUGCGUCGGGGUCUUGUCAAACUAUCAAAUAUAUGGGGCAGUAACUCUGCAUUUUUCUGGCGCUCUCUUUAUGAGUCGUGCGGCACGACGUAGGGCACGACUCGUGCCCUACUGCAAGUCGCACUGUUACAUGUACGAAGAUUCACGAACGACUUCAAUUGGGAACAGGGUGAAUCAACGACAUAAAUGUUUUACACUGCCAACCCAACGGUUGAGUCAUAGCAGCCUCUAACGACCCAGCCUUUGAGAUCCAGCUUUUCAGGGUUUAGUGCUAUGUUUGAUGUGUUCUCAAAUUUUACUUGACUCUCCGGAAGACGUUGUGAGGGGGGGGGGGAAGCCUGGUAAAUUCAAAAACGUGUUCCUUGGUUCCUGUGACAAUGACCGAUACUGCAUCGUUGUAGUGCUGUGGAAAGUGUGUUCAUUUUCACUUGGAAGCGUGAAGACAGCCAAAGUCAAGAAAAAAAGAAAAUGUAGAAUCAAUAACCUCUCAUAUCACUCCACUCACUUACGCUGCCUUGGAAUAGCGACAGCGGACGUUCAUCAAUGAGGGAGACCAGGUCCAAACAAGGACCCAGCACUGCAACCACCGACAUCCCGAGUCAAUGCGGAAAGUCAAGUAGAAUAAGUUGUACUAUAGAAAUGAUCCUGUAUAAGUACGGUCUUGGCCUCUAAUUGAAAAAGUUGCCGUUUCCUAUUCGAUCAUGAUUAUCCGUACGUGCAGCAUUUGCAACUUGUACGGAUUUCAUUGGUUGGUGCACUUCAACUUCGACCAGGCUCAACAGUGUUGACCGUGCUGCUAUCCCACAAUUCUCUAUCGCUGCGGGGGGCAGAUGAGAAUGGCUAACCCGUGAAGAGGGUGCAGACGUGGUGGAGGGCUCACAAGAGCUGAGGUGUCAAGCGUGAAUGAAUAUUAUACCAAAGUUUAGACUGAUCUUGGUGAUACCGCUAGCAAGCUCCGUAAACUAUACCGCGGAUCGUCGUGACCAUGACGCCCUCCCACGCCAUAAUCCCAGUCGAGAGUUCGUGCAGCGUCUCCUCGGAGAGCGGGAACUGUGGCCGAUGGAUUUCAAGAAAGCCGCCCUUAUCAUCAUCACCACCACCUCGCCUGGAGCCCCAUCAGUCGACGGCUUUCGACUUGCAGUAAACACGGCAGUGGCCGAAAUAUCCUUUCGAACACGCGUGCAGAGCUGAAGGGGUACCGCUCGUCCUCGUCGACGGAAUCGAGCAUCACCAUCCCGUAUUUCCCCUCUGCAUCCAUCUUUGGAAACAGCAGCGAGCUCGUUUCCAGCGUGACAUCGUCGUAAACCGUCGACAACACUCGAGCGUUGUACAUACUGCCAUGACACGAGUCGUAGUCGUCCCUGACGGUCACGUGGCCCAGCCGCUCCGUGAUGCUGAUCUCCAUAUUCGUCAGAUAAUACACGGCUGCGUCGUACACUUGCUGCAGAGACUUGACCCCAGGGAACUUCAUCGUCUCAAAACGGACACCACAGAAAUCGCGCCUCUGAUUCGAACAGUUCGUUCGAAAACAUCAUCUUCUCCCCAUCCAGCAAGUGCUUGGGGUCCAUAACGAAGUUGUAGGCGUUGCGAAGCUUCUCCUCUCAGAUGGACAUCAGAGAGUGCCCAUGCAUCCUGCCAGAUAUUCAUAGUGAAAGCCAGCGACUCAUUAUCGAUCACUGCUUCAAUUGUAUAGAAUUAUUCGCGCAGGCUUCCUUUUAUCUUUUUGCCUGAAAUUCACAGUUCGUUAGGACUGUGUCUGGUACACGUGCUUUCGGAUUUGUACCCCAGGCCUGGGGUACAAUUGUCCCCCCGAGUCCUUUUAUUAUUUCAUUUUUGCGUUACUUCGCUAACUUCCAUCACUUUUUAGCGCUACUUCGCUUACUCAAAAUACCGGUUUUUAUUGUUACUUUACUUGCUGUUAUUUCAAUUGUGUACUGGUUACCCCAGUUCGUAUUGUAUUGUAUUGUAAACGUUUAGUGCGCCUUACGCUUUAGGGAAAAAGUGAUGUACACUCUCCAAGCGUGGUCCACACCACUAACUCCAAUAGUGGGCGACCACUAAUUGAGCUCCUACUGUCUUCUCCGGCACGAUCAGCAUACGUCGGCAAUGAAUGGCUCCCCCUUCGCGGAGACGCGCUAGGCCUUGGUGGCGGCAGUCCGCUGCUUCCGUCGCCCGUAUCGGUCUUGUAGUCUUGGUUCAGCUAGGUACUCGGGUCACAACUCCUUUCCCCGGCAACUGCUGUCGUGGCCGCAACAAACCACGCAGUCUCAGCCAGCACGCCCUUGUUCUUCGGUCUUGUGUUGUUCCUGCGCCUUAUGCUGAUCCCCUUGAGCACCUUCCCUUGACGGUUGACGGCUGCAGCAGCCACCCCUCCCC